AGAGCCACAUUCAUUUGAGGCAUGAGAUAAUAGGAUAAGGGCUCAGAAAACAGCACUCCACACAAAAUUCAUUAUCAGAGAAAAUCAUAUACAAGGGAAAAACAUUGGACAUAUAUGUCAAUUUCUUGUACUGCAUAGAAAUGGAAGCACAUGCAGGAGCCACUCAACGCAUUGCUAGAAUCUCUGCACAUCUUAACCCUUCAAAUUUCCAGGAAGGAGGUGAUGUUCUUCUUAAGAGAGGUAACUGCAGAGGAAAGGGUGGGGCACCUGGAUUCAAAGUUGCAAUCUUGGGGGCUGCUGGGGGAAUUGGUCAAUCCCUUUCUCUGCUGAUGAAGAUGAACCCAUUGGUUUCAGUUCUUCAUCUUUAUGAUGUUGUCAAUUCCCCUGGUGUCACAGCUGAUGUUAGUCACAUGGACACUGGUGCAGUGGUUCGUGGCUUUCUGGGGCAGCCUCAACUUGAGAGUGCACUCACUGGCAUGGACUUGGUGAUCAUACCUGCUGGUGUGCCAAGGAAACCUGGAAUGACAAGGGAUGAUUUGUUUAAAAUAAAUGCUGGAAUUGUCAAGACCCUUUGUGAAGGAGUUGCCAAGUGCUGCCCCAAUGCAAUUGUUAACCUUAUUAGCAAUCCAGUGAACUCCACUGUUCCAAUUGCUGCUGAGGUUUUCAAGAAAGCUGGUACAUAUGAUCCAAAGAAACUAUUGGGCGUCACAACACUUGAUGUUGCAAGGGCAAAUACUUUUGUGGCAGAGGUACUUGGAGUUGAUCCAAGAGAGGUUGAUGUUCCAGUGGUGGGAGGUCAUGCAGGAGUCACAAUACUUCCUCUUUUGUCACAGGUUAAGCCUCCCAGUAGCUUCACUGCAGAAGAAACUGAUUAUCUGACAAAUCGCAUCCAAAAUGGUGGAACAGAAGUUGUUGAGGCAAAAGCUGGAGCUGGUUCUGCAACACUAUCAAUGGCGUAUGCUGCUGCCAAGUUUGCAAAUUCAUGCCUCCGCGGUUUGAAAGGAGAAGCCGGGGUGGUGGAGUGUUCUUUUGUUGAAUCUCAGGUUACAGAACUUCCCUUCUUUGCAACCAAGGUACGUCUCGGUCGCGCUGGAGCAGAAGAGAUAUAUCAACUGGGUCCCCUGAAUGAGUAUGAAAGGAUUGGACUGGAAAAGGCAAAGAGAGAGUUAGUUGGAAGCAUUCAGAAGGGGAUAGACUUCAUCAGAAACUAGAGAUUUGUCAUAGCAAGAAGCAUCCUAUAAGAAUCUUGUGUAAUACUCCCCUUUUGUUCAUAUUAGAUUUUUUUAAGAACAGUACUUUGUAUAAGUGCGUUGAGAAUUACAUAACUUUUUUACUCAAGUUUUUACAAAUAAAGCUAUUGGUCCACCUUUGGAGGCACCGGGGAGAAUGGUUGAUUAUUAA